UCGAACACCAGUCAUUUUCAAACCAACGGCCAACAGGAUUUUCUUGAUUUUCCGCGUCAAAAUCAAAGUCAAAUUCAAAUUUACAGUGUUCUAGUUUAUGCUUCGGAGAAACUCCUACAUAUUACUUUAAUAUUCAAGGUUUAUAAAAAAAUAUUAGAUCAAAAUGGUAAAGACACCAGCUAUCGGUAUUGAUUUGGGUACCACAUAUUCGUGCGUUGGAGUUUGGCAACAAGGAAAAGUUGAAAUAAUAGCCAAUGAUCAAGGAAACAGGACAACUCCCAGUUAUGUGGCCUUUACCGACACUGAAAGACUCAUAGGGGACGCAGCUAAGAAUCAAGUAGCUAUGAACCCAAACAACACAGUCUUCGAUGCAAAAAGGCUAAUCGGGCGCAAAUAUGAUGAUCAGAAAAUCCAACAAGAUAUGAAAUUAUGGCCUUUCAAGGUGAUUAAUGAUGGAGGAAAGCCCAAGAUUCAAGUUGAUUUCAAAGGUGAAAUAAAAAGAUUUGCGCCAGAAGAAAUUAGUUCGAUGGUUUUGACUAAGAUGAAAGAAACUGCGGAGGCAUACUUGGGAAAAACUGUCAAUGAUGCUGUUAUCACCGUACCUGCUUAUUUCAAUGACAGUCAGCGUCAAGCUACCAAAGAUGCCGGCACUAUUGCUGGUAUCAACGUGUUGCGAAUUAUAAACGAACCGACAGCCGCCGCUUUGGCAUACGGCCUGGAUAAAAAUUUGAGAGGAGAAAAAAACGUCCUGAUUUUCGACCUGGGAGGGGGUACGUUUGACGUAUCCAUUCUUACGAUCGAUGAAGGGUCAUUGUUCGAAGUAAAGGCCACGGCUGGAGAUACGCACUUGGGAGGCGAGGACUUCGAUAAUAGAUUAGUAAACUACUUUGCCGACGAAUUCAAGAGAAAAUUCAAAAAAGACUUGCGAGGAAAUGCCAGAGCCGUGAGGCGAUUGAGAACUGCAGCUGAAAGGUCAAAAAGAACUUUAAGCUCUAGCACCGAAGCUACUCUUGAAAUCGAUGCCUUAUUUGAGGGCAUCGAUUAUUACACUAAAAUAUCGCGAGCUCGUUUCGAAGAAUUGAAUUCGGAUUUAUUCAAAAGUACUUUGGCACCAGUUGAGAAAGCUCUAAAAGAUGCCAAUAUGGGCAAAAGUAGCAUUCACGAUGUAGUUUUGGUCGGUGGGUCCACGAGAAUUCCAAAAAUACAAUCGCUGUUGCAAAACUAUUUUCAAGGGAAGAGUUUAAAUCUAAGCAUUAAUCCCGAUGAGGCGGUUGCUUAUGGCGCCGCUGUUCAAGCGGCCAUUUUGAGUGGCGAUCAGAGUUCUAAAAUACAGGACGUUCUACUGGUCGAUGUCACACCUUUAUCAUUGGGUAUUGAAACAGCUGGAGGCGUGAUGUCCAAAAUAGUGGAGAGAAAUGCCAGAAUUCCAUGCAAACAAACCCAAACCUUCACUACCUACUCCGAUAAUCAACCAGCAGUAACCGUACAAGUUUUUGAAGGCGAAAGAGCAAUGACAAAAGACAACAACUUGUUAGGAACAUUUGACUUAAGUGGCAUACCUCCUGCACCUAGAGGCGUGCCCAAGAUCGACGUAACCUUCGAUAUAGACGCCAACGGAAUUCUCAAUGUGACAGCCGUCGAAUCUGGUACAGGACGAUCUAAGAAUAUCACUAUCAAAAAUGAUAAAGGCCGUUUAUCUCAAAGGGAAAUUGAAAGAAUGCUUGCAGAAGCAGAACAGUAUAAAGAAGAGGAUGAGAUGCAAAGAGACAAAGUCUCGAGCAGAAAUAAAUUGGAAUCUUACGUUUUCAGUCUUAGACAAGCUGUGGACGAUGCCGGAGGUAAAAUAAACGAUUCCGAUAAACGUAGGGUUCAGAAGGAAUGCGACAAUUGUAUUAAAUGGCUGGACAGUAAUCAGAUGGCUGAAAAAGACGAAUACGAAUAUAGACUGAAAGAACUACAAAAUAUAUGCAGUCCUAUAAUGACCAAACUGCACCGAGGAGGAAGGGGUGCAAGUGGAGAACAAGAGGGUCCCACAAUUGAGGAAGUUGACUAAGAUGGCUCAAUAUUGUUCCGGUUUCCAUAUUUCCUUUAAUUUUUAACGCAAUCAUUAAUUGUUGUUAAUAUGUGCUUAAUAGAAAAGAAAUUAUGUAUCGCGUACUGUUCCAAUUUGAUUGUAGUAUUCACUGUUACUCUGAAAUUCGUCAACAUUCAAUUUUUAUAAUAUAUACCUUUUCAAUUCAAAAUAGUAUUAUCAAAACUCACUAUAUUAUUAUGAAAACUC